GUUUCAAAAAGAGAAGUGUACGAGACCAAACUUGAAGAAAAAUGGCGACGGCAUCGGAAAAUGCAAGAGGAAUCGGCGGAGGUGAUCGAACGGCGAAAGCAAUCGUCGCCGAUCAGAUCUCACAAGCCGUUAAUUCUACUGCUAAACUUCUUCAUCUGAUGCGUCAAUCGUCGUCUUCUCAGGCUCAAUUGGCAAAGCUCCCAAAGAAUCUUUUGGCGAAAGCUUCCUUGACUAAGACAACUGGACAAGCGUUGGCCCAGCUUCCUCAAGUGAUUUCAUCUCUGGAUGCCCAUAUAGAAAGCGGAUUACACAGCGGCGUUCAUCUAAACACAGUAACACAAUUACUUGAAAACAUGGAAAGCACGCAGCUUCGUGCUCUUCGACAAUCUAAUAUAUCCCCUGUGGACAAUCAAUCUCCAGAGCCCAGUUGAACAUUUCAGACAAGUUACAAGUUGUGAUCACUACAAGAUAAGUACAUAUGUUCAAAUCCUUAAACUUCUUCAUAAGUUCCAGUCUCUCUAAUCAAUAUUCUCAUCUUUCUGGUCCCAAAAUUUACAUUUACGACUUUAAAUAUUCUCAAUUUGGCGUUCUUGACGUGUCAAAACUCAAAACAAGUUUUUAGGCAAUCUCUAUGUUGUUUCGUAGUGUUUUAGAAGUCUUUUGUAAGUUGAAACCUUUUUGAUUUAGAAGAAGAAUCACACUUCACUUUUGAUUAAUUGACUUGUUCUUUUAAAAA